AAUGUAACCGUGCUCGAGAGUUUCGUUUCCUGUCUGCUUGUUCAUACGAGAAGAAAGCUGCCUUUUGCUUAGAUUAGCAUCGUUUUUGCAUUGCUUUUUGUUCGAUCUCUGAUUUCUUCAGCAACAACUCAGAUAGUCUCUGACUUGAUCUCCUCGAGCUCGGACUCCGAGAAGUUUAUAACCCCGUCUCUUCCUUUUUAUUUCUCAGCUUUCAAACCAUUUCUCACGGCCGGUAACUUAUUCGGUCACAGCCGCGGUGACAGUCUAGGCCCGGUUGUUUUCAGACGUUUUGGGGUUCCUGAGGUUAGGGAACUUGGAUUCCGAGUUGGGAUUGCAUUGGAAUUCGAAUCUCCUUGUGUUUAUUCAGUUGCUGAUUCGAAUCUUCGGUUGCCGAAAUCUCUGAUGUUCAGGUUCUCUUUGAUGGGAAUUCACUUUUGUUGCCGUUUAUUGGGGGAAUAUCUCUGAGAUGAGCUUUGAGAAGUAGCCGUGGAUUCUGUGGACUCUUUGAGGUCGCUUACUAAAUGGAAAUAGCUGAAAAAGGUGGUUCGGUUUCUAUGCUGGUUUCCAUUUGGUUGUUGAACUUACACAAUUAAUGCUCAGAGACGAACCUAGUAGUGCUUUUCGUUUUAUACGGAGUUGGGGGUUUGAUUGCGAGGUUAAAGCCCUUGCUGGUAAUUUGGCACGGGUUUCAGCUAGAACUAUUGGGAUGCUUUAUCUCUUCGUUUAACUAAGCAGUUGACUGAAUUUUUUCUUCGGAAUUCAGUUGGUGCCUUCAUAUCUGUCAGCAUGAAAGCUCCCUUAAAUGGGUUUCUGCCAAUUUCUGGAGAAGGAGAGAGGACGAAUAUUAAUUCAGAGUUAUGGCAUGCUUGUGCGGGGCCUCUGGUUUCUUUGCCUCCAGUUGGAAGUCUUGUAGUUUACUUCCCUCAAGGCCACAGUGAGCAAGUUGCAGCAUCAAUGCGACAGGAGACCAACUUCAUACCCAACUAUCCUAACCUUCCAUCAAAGUUGAUUUGCAUGCUCCACAAUGUCACACUGCAUGCUGAUCUUGAAACUGAUGAGGUCUAUGCACAGAUGACCCUUCAACCUGUAAACAAAUAUGACAAGGAAGCAUUACUGGCAUCUGAGAUGGGCCUCAAGCAAAGCAGACAACCAGCUGAAUUCUUCUGCAAAACUCUUACGGCUAGUGACACUAGUACUCAUGGUGGUUUUUCAGUACCUCGUCGAGCAGCUGAGAAGAUCUUUCCGCCUCUAGAUUACUCAAUGCAACCCCCAGCUCAGGAGCUAGUAGCUAGAGAUUUACAUGACACUUCGUGGACAUUCAGGCAUAUUUUUCGCGGCCAACCAAAAAGGCACUUGCUGACCUCUGGUUGGAGUGUAUUUGUUAGCACCAAAAGACUCUUCGCUGGAGAUUCUGUUCUUGUUAUAAGAGAUGAAAAAACCCAGCUUCUCCUGGGUAUAAAGCGUGCUAAUAGACAACAGCCAGCUCUUUCUUCAUUGGUCAUAUCCAGUGAUAGCAUGCAUAUCGGGAUUCUAGCUGCUGCAGCUCAUGCUGCUGCAAAUAACAGUCCAUUUAGUAUAUUUUACAACCCAAGGGCUAGCCCCUCUGAGUUCGUGGUUCCCUUAUCCAAAUAUAAUAAAGCAAUGUACACCCAAGUUUCAAUCGGCAUGCGAUUUAGAAUGAUGUUUGAGACUGAGGAGUCCAGUAUACGCAGAUACAUGGGUACAAUUACCGGUAUCAGUGAUUUGGAUCCUGUUGGAUGGAAAAAUUCACAGUGGCGCAAUCUUCAGGUUGGAUGGGACGAAUCAGCAGCCGGUGAACGGCCAAGCCGAGUUUCAAUCUGGGAAACGGAGCCUGUUGUAACUCCUUUCUACAUUUAUCCACCUCCAUUUUUAAGACCGCCAGAUGAUGAGUAUGACAUAGAGAAUGCUUUCAAGAGAACCAUGCCUUGGCUUGGCAAUGACUUUGUCAUGAAGGAUGCCUCUAGCUCUAUCUUCCCUGGUAUGAGCUUAGUGCAGUGGAUGAACAAGCAGCCAAAUAAUCAGUUUUCAGCAUCUCAGUCUGGAUUUUUCCCAUCAAUCGUUUCUUCAACUGCCCCGCAUAAUAACCUUAAUGCUGGUGAUCCAUCUAAAUUGUUGAGUUUUCAACCCCCCAUCAUAUCCGCACCAAGUCUCCAGUUUAACAAAGCAAAUGCCCAAAACCAAGUUAGUCAAUUUCAACAGCCACCUAUCACAUGGCCCCAGCAGCAGCACCUGCAGCAAUUAAUGCAGAAUCCUAUUAGCCAACAGCAGCUGCAGAUACAGCAAGAACUUCAACAGCUGCCACAGCGGCAGCAACUACAGCAACAGCAGCCACAACAGGAACAACAGCAGCCACAACUGGAACAACAACAGCACCAGCACCAGCAGUUAUGUCAUCUGGGCCUUGUAAAUAAUGCUGUAGUUGCCCCUAAGCAGGUUCCAAACCAAAGUUCACAGCAACCAGUUGAGUACUCUCAGCUCCAACCACAGCAAAUGCUGAUGGGAAAUACCCAAACUCAGCAGAGUAUCCACUCUAAUAAUAAGAGUUCAUUGCAGUUGACAUCCAUACCACAAGAUUCUCAGUUUCUGCAACAAACUGAACUGCAAGCCUGUCUCCUACAAAGACAGCAGCAGCAGCAAGCACAAUUGCAACAGUCCUCAAUACAGUUGUUCCAAUUGCAACAAAGCCAGUCACAGAGAGCACAUCAGCUUCCCCAACUGCAACAGUUGUCGCAACUAGGUCUUUCAGAGCAGGAACUUCAAUUGCAGUUGCUACAGAAGUUGCAACAUCAGCAGCAAUUGCUCUCCCCAGCUAACCCACUUUUGCAGCCACAAUUGGCACAGCAACAGCAGCCCAAUCUGCAAAACCAGCAAGUACCGCUCCUUCCUUCAUCUCAGCAUCAGCCUCAACAGUUAAGCAGCCAUAGCUUCUCAACGAAGCAUAUUAAUGGUAAUAGCUUAUCAACUUCUGCACUGAUGCAGUCACAACAGAUUCCUUUGAACCAUGCCCAGAGCCAGCACAAGCCACUUACAACAGUCAGAGCCCAUUCUGGUCUUACAGAAGGAGAUGCUCCUUCAUGUUCAACCUCACCGUCUUCUAAUAAUUGCCAGGUUUCCCCAUCCAACCUUCUGAGCAGAAACUAUCAAGGACCAACCUUAUUGGUGAGUGACUCAUUGGUUGAGCCUGCAAAUAAUAUUCAGGAGCUGCAUUGCAAAUCUGUCAUACAGAUCAAAGAAGAGUUGUCCAGCUCAAAAGGACCAGACCAGGUAAAAUAUAGAAGUAACAUCUCGGAUCAGUUGGAGGCAUCUUCCUCGGGAACAUCGUAUUGUCUGGAUGCUGGUACCAUCCAGCCGAACUUCCCAAUCCCCACAUUUGGUUUAGAUGGUGAUGUCCAGUCAAAUCCUCGGAAUAAUCAUCCAUUGGCAGCUAAUAUUGAUGGAUUGGCGCCUGACACAUUUUUGUUAAGGGGGUAUGACUCGCAAAAAGAUCUUCAGAACUUACUUUCUAGUUAUGGUGGUACUCCAAGUGAUAUUGAGACAGAUUUGCCCGCUACUGCGAUUAGCUCUCAGUCGUUUGGGGUGCCAAACAUUCCUUUUAAGCCAGGGUGUUCAGGUGAUAUUGCUAUCAAUGAAGCUGGAGCUUUUGGCAGUGGAAUGUGGGCUAACCAGACUCAACGUAUGAGAACCUAUACAAAGGUUCAAAAGCGUGGCUCUGUGGGAAGAUGUAUUGAUGUAAACCGUUACAAAGGUUAUGAUGAACUCAGGCAUGAUCUUGCCCUCAUGUUUGGAAUUGAAGGGCAACUACAAGAUCCACAACGUAAUGACUGGAAACUUGUUUAUGUGGAUCAUGAAAAUGAUAUUCUUCUUGUUGGUGAUGAUCCUUGGGAGGAAUUCGUAAGCUGUGUUCAAAGCAUAAAGAUAUUGUCAUCUGCUGAAGUAGAGCAGAUGAGUUUGGAUGGAGAUCUGGGUCACAUCCCGGGGGUUCAAAAUCAAGCCUGUCGGUUGUAAUGGGAUGGACAGUGGUGGUGCAUGGAGGUAUGACGAUAACUCUGCUGCCUCAUAUAAUCUAUGAGGGUUCCAAGAUUGAAAAUGAAAUGGUUUCUUUGACUUAACUCUGGGUUCUUAAAGACCAUCUGAGACUAGUUGGCCUCAUCUAGUUCUAAUAGAAGAUGAGAAAGGAGAGCGGUGAUGUGUUAUUCUGUAACAGGAGAAUGCUGCUAAUAACAAAGGCAGAGAGGAGAAAUAUGUUGCUAGUCUUGGAGUGAUGUUGAUCCUAAAAAUGCUAUUGUUCUUGGGUGAGAUGGAGCUCAAAAUGGUAGCACACCUUAUUUAGAAAUGAUUUAUACGGUGUUAAGUUGUGCAAGUUCUAUGCACUAAUUUCAAAAAAAGUGGCCUCAAAUAUGAAACUCACGGGUUUAACUUUUUUCAAAAUGAGUGAGCAGAACUUGUAUAUCAUAAGACUGUAUCUAGUAUUACUACUUUCAUGGAUGUUUGUAUAUAUGCUAACAAAAAUAGAGACAAAUGUGAAAUUGAAGAA